AAAUAUGCAAAACAGACGCGCAAUAUGAACAAACAAGUCACUGUUUGGGGGAGUAGGUGAACAAAGCACUCUUUGUGAGAAUGAACAAACAAGUCUUAGCCUUAUAAUACAUUGAAAUUCACUGAAUAAUAUCGCAACAGUUUGAAAACCUCUAAACAAGGUCGCAAUAGAAAACCUCUAAAUAAGGUCGAAAAAUGAUAAAAACAUUGUUUUUCUUCUUAUUAAUGGUUGCCAUAACUACAAUGGCUUCAGCUUGCUCAGACUAUUCACAACAAUGGUGUCAAGCAAAUCAAGCAUUGUGCACGCAGCCCUCGUUGAUUGCUUUCAUGAGUCAAUAUUGUGAACAAACAUGCAACUACUGUUCAAUACCUGGUGUUCUUCCAGUAGGGUGCGGAAAACCAUCAAUUCAAAGUAGUCGUGUAAUUGCAGGAACAACUCCAACAAAAGGCUCGUGGCCUUGGCAAGUAUUGCUUUGGCAGGGAGGAAAAGCAUUUUGUGGAGGAACACUCAUUCACAGAGAAUGGGUUCUCACUGCUGCUCAUUGUAUACACGGAAAAGAAUUCGAAGCGUCGCAAAUAUAUACAAGGACCGGAGAACACACUUUGAGUGUUAAUGAAGGAACGGAAGAAGAUAUUCCAGCAUUAAAAAUCAUAAAACAUAGAGGUUACAAUCCACAAACGCUUGACAAUGACAUAGCACUUAUUAAAUUAUCACGACCUUGUAGGCUGAGUAGUUACGUCAGCACUGCUUGUUUACCUACUGUUGAAGCUGCACCGGGGACUACAUGUUUUAUCACAGGAUGGGGUAAAAUAAGUCAUCCUGGAAGUAUGACAAACGUCUUACAGCAAGCAAAAAUGAAUGUUGUUAACCAUCAAACGUGUGAAAAUUUGAACAGAAGAACAAUACCAGUUUCUAUAACAAAAGGAAUGCUUUGCGCUGGUGACGGUGGAGCAACUCAAAUUUCUGGUUGCCAUGGCGAUAGCGGUGGUCCAUUAGUUUGCAACAGUGGCGGUAAAUGGCAGGUUUAUGGAGCUGUUAGUCAUGGAUCUGGCGAUUGCCGAUCAGACAAAACUUACACCGUCUUUGCAAAUGUUGUUUAUUUUAGAUCGUGGAUAGAUAAUGCAAUGUUACAAUUAUCACAUACGGAUAUUGCUCAAACUGACAAAGACCCGAAAUCAAUGAGCUUGCAUCAAAUCAUUGAUGGAAAGAACAAGUACAAUAAUAUUGAAAAAACUGUGAAAUCGGUUUUAGAGAAGCUUGUUACUGAUGUUGAAGCUAAUGAAUUACCAAUAAUUGUUGACAAACGGAAGAGCUAUACGUUGAAAGAAAAGGUUGAUGCGCUAAAUGACUUAAACAAUGUCGAGAGCAAACGAACAUACGAAAUUCCAAUGAGUAAGGGAAAGGAACAAAGAGAUCAUAGAGUAUGGGUAGCUCAACCUGGCAGUGGGCUUGAUAAGCGACAAGCUACCCUUCAAAUAUGUUUCAGUCCUGAAGGAAUGGUGAAGCCGGCGUUGAUUUUCAGAGGUAAGGGGAAAAGGAUUAGUCAAGACGAAGUUUUAGCCUAUGACACUGAUGUAGAUGUGUACUGGCAACCAAAUGCAUGGGCAGAUACAGCGUUUUCCGUGAAAUGGGUGAAGAACACUCUCUCCAAUGCUGUUGCUAACCUGGAUGAGUAUGUUUUGUUUCGCGAUAACCUGACAGCCCAAGUCAGUGAUGAGUUUUUAAAUGAAGUGCGACAACAUAAAGGUAUUGGCUGGUUUGGUGUUCCCAACGGGACACGUUUUUGGCAACCUGUUGAUGCCGGUCCAGGAAAAGCAUACAAAGAAAUCGGUCCUAUAAAGCAUUCAAAUCACAUAUUAAAGCAGAAUAAAACAUCUGGCUCGAAAAUGAUGAAAACAUCGAACUCUGGCUUGGCAACGAUGAUCGGAAACUGUCGGAGCUUUGCGAAAACAGGAUGUCUUAUCACGGCUGAUAGUAGCGAGGACAAUAAGAUAAAUCCUGAAGGCAUGCCUGCUAAUGUUGAUCCACCCCCUGUUGACAUUGAUAACCUGGUGGAAAUCACAGAGACUCCUAUUCCAGACGAAGUAAAGGAUAAUCCUAUUGAUGUUUUGCCUGACGAAUCAGACGGAGAAGACAAGGAACUAGAUGGACGAGUAGAAAAAUCAGACGGACAAGAAGACGAAGAAAGUGGAGGUGAAGAAAAUAAAGAUCCAGCAGAAGAGAGAAACAUUUGUCGAAAAAUGAUAAAAACAUUGUUUUUCUUCUUAUUAAUGGUUGCCAUAACUACAAUGGCUUCAGCUUGCUCAGACUAUUCACAACAAUGGUGUCAAGCAAAUCAAGCAUUGUGCACGCAGCCCUCGUUGAUUGCUUUCAUGAGUCAAUAUUGUGAACAAACAUGCAACUACUGUUCAAUACCUGGUGUUCUUCCAGUAGGGUGCGGAAAACCAUCAAUUCAAAGUAGUCGUGUAAUUGCAGGAACAACUCCAACAAAAGGCUCGUGGCCUUGGCAAGUAUUGCUUUGGCAGGGAGGAAAAGCAUUUUGUGGAGGAACACUCAUUCACAGAGAAUGGGUUCUCACUGCUGCUCAUUGUAUACACGGAAAAGAAUUCGAAGCGUCGCAAAUAUAUACAAGGACCGGAGAACACACUUUGAGUGUUAAUGAAGGAACGGAAGAAGAUAUUCCAGCAUUAAAAAUCAUAAAACAUAGAGGUUACAAUCCACAAACGCUUGACAAUGACAUAGCACUUAUUAAAUUAUCACGACCUUGUAGGCUGAGUAGUUACGUCAGCACUGCUUGUUUACCUACUGUUGAAGCUGCACCGGGGACUACAUGUUUUAUCACAGGAUGGGGUAAAAUAAGUCAUCCUGGAAGUAUGACAAACGUCUUACAGCAAGCAAAAAUGAAUGUUGUUAACCAUCAAACGUGUGAAAAUUUGAACAGAAGAACAAUACCAGUUUCUAUAACAAAAGGAAUGCUUUGCGCUGGUGACGGUGGAGCAACUCAAAUUUCUGGUUGCCAUGGCGAUAGCGGUGGUCCAUUAGUUUGCAACAGUGGCGGUAAAUGGCAGGUUUAUGGAGCUGUUAGUCAUGGAUCUGGCGAUUGCCGAUCAGACAAAACUUACACCGUCUUUGCAAAUGUUGUUUAUUUUAGAUCGUGGAUAGAUAAUGCAAUGUUACAAUUAUCACAUACGGAUAUUGCUCAAACUGACAAAGACCCGAAAUCAAUGAGCUUGCAUCAAAUCAUUGAUGGAAAGAACAAGUACAAUAAUAUUGAAAAAACUGUGAAAUCGGUUUUAGAGAAGCUUGUUACUGAUGUUGAAGCUAAUGAAUUACCAAUAAUUGUUGACAAACGGAAGAGCUAUACGUUGAAAGAAAAGGUUGAUGCGCUAAAUGACUUAAACAAUGUCGAGAGCAAACGAACAUACGAAAUUCCAAUGAGUAAGGGAAAGGAACAAAGAGAUCAUAGAGUAUGGGUAGCUCAACCUGGCAGUGGGCUUGAUAAGCGACAAGCUACCCUUCAAAUAUGUUUCAGUCCUGAAGGAAUGGUGAAGCCGGCGUUGAUUUUCAGAGGUAAGGGGAAAAGGAUUAGUCAAGACGAAGUUUUAGCCUAUGACACUGAUGUAGAUGUGUACUGGCAACCAAAUGCAUGGGCAGAUACAGCGUUUUCCGUGAAAUGGGUGAAGAACACUCUCUCCAAUGCUGUUGCUAACCUGGAUGAGUAUGUUUUGUUUCGCGAUAACCUGACAGCCCAAGUCAGUGAUGAGUUUUUAAAUGAAGUGCGACAACAUAAAGGUAUUGGCUGGUUUGGUGUUCCCAACGGGACACGUUUUUGGCAACCUGUUGAUGCCGGUCCAGGAAAAGCAUACAAAGAAAUCGGUCCUAUAAAGCAUUCAAAUCACAUAUUAAAGCAGAAUAAAACAUCUGGCUCGAAAAUGAUGAAAACAUCGAACUCUGGCUUGGCAACGAUGAUCGGAAACUGUCGGAGCUUUGCGAAAACAGGAUGUCUUAUCACGGCUGAUAGUAGCGAGGACAAUAAGAUAAAUCCUGAAGGCAUGCCUGCUAAUGUUGAUCCACCCCCUGUUGACAUUGAUAACCUGGUGGAAAUCACAGAGACUCCUAUUCCAGACGAAGUAAAGGAUAAUCCUAUUGAUGUUUUGCCUGACGAAUCAGACGGAGAAGACAAGGAACUAGAUGGACGAGUAGAAAAAUCAGACGGACAAGAAGACGAAGAAAGUGGAGGUGAAGAAAAUAAAGAUCCAGCAGAAGAGAGAAACAUUUUUUUGCGAAUAAAUUUGUUUGGUGCACUAUGUUUAAUUAAAGAGUUUUUUUUAGGGUGCGGAAAACCAUCAAUUCAAAGUAGUCGUGUAAUUGCAGGAACAACUCCAACAAAAGGCUCGUGGCCUUGGCAAGUAUUGCUUUGGCAGGGAGGAAAAGCAUUUUGUGGAGGAACACUCAUUCACAGAGAAUGGGUUCUCACUGCUGCUCAUUGUAUACACGGAAAAGAAUUCGAAGCGUCGCAAAUAUAUACAAGGACCGGAGAACACACUUUGAGUGUUAAUGAAGGAACGGAAGAAGAUAUUCCAGCAUUAAAAAUCAUAAAACAUAGAGGUUACAAUCCACAUAAGUCAUCCUGGAAGUAUGACAAACGUCUUACAGCAAGCAAAAAUGAAUGUUGUUAACCAUCAAACGUGUGAAAAUUUGAACAGAAGAACAAUACCAGUUUCUAUAACAAAAGGAAUGCUUUGCGCUGGUGACGGUGGAGCAACUCAAAUUUCUGGUUGCCAUGGCGAUAGCGGUGGUCCAUUAGUUUGCAACAGUGGCGGUAAAUGGCAGGUUUAUGGAGCUGUUAGUCAUGGAUCUGGCGAUUGCCGAUCAGACAAA